UAGUUGACGUUUGAAAUUUAAACUAUUGGAAAUGCGAAAUGCUUCGGUGGUGUUUUGUUUUUAGACCUGGGUGCAAUUACAAUUAAGAAUGUGUUUUAUUUCAAAGAGAUCGGAAAUUCUGCUGCCAAGACUUAUAUUUCUUUUGUUAGCAAAUCAUAUCGUACAAACUAACCAAGACGAAAUAUUUCAUAACGUGGGAAUGGCUGAACAAGUGACUGAAGCCGACUCAGUCCUAGUACUCACUUGCAUCGAAGUGUUAAACCUAUCAGAUGGUGAAAUCAAAUGGGCAGUUCCUCGAAUAACAAAAUAUAAGGAAAAAACGAAGAAACGCCUUCACGAAAUAACUGUUACCAAUGAAACGCAUCUGAUCUCGACUAUGACUUUAAAAAACACCGAGCCCACUGACACGGGCAUUUACAAAUGUCGUGGGAAAAGCAAAGAAGAAACUCGCUAUGUUUAUGUUUCCAGUCACGUAAAAAUUGUUUUCAUGGACUAUCUUGAUAGUACGUACGCGCCAAAUUUCAAGGCUAAUCCAGGGGAAUCUAUUCAGUUUCCUUUCAAGACAACUCAUCCCAACGUCAGCAUCUCCGUUUUCCAGCAAACAACAGAAAUAGGAGUCCAUCCCCGAAAUGAAUUCUUUGAGAUUUGGAAUUCCUCAUCCCCGCUUGAAAAUCCAAGAUGGUCAUUCAACUCUAAAUUCGGACUGACGUUGGCGAACGCAACCAUUUUUGACACUGCCAACUAUUAUUUUGUUGGCUCAAUGCCCUUUGCUAACGGAAAACGCGUGAACAUUAAACAUAACGAGGAAACUAGAGAAUUCCUUAGGUGGUCCUUCCCAGUGGAUAAACUCAAAGCUAAUCAUGAAGUAUCGUCGCGCGUUCCUCUAAUUGUAGAAGGAAUAGAACUGGAAAAAGUUGGAGCACCUGGCGAUCCAGUGGAAGGAUCGAACGUCAUUUUCAUUUGUACCACUUCUUCGUUUAACUUCAAUCUUUUACCUUUUCCACCGAAAUGGACUAUUAUCGAUCACACCUCUCAAAGCAUUGACCUGUUACCUGAAAAGAGAUUUUCUGAUACAACGCACAUCUCUUUGGAGCGAACAAACAAAGAUAUUGAAAUAAAGACGGAACGAAAAUGGACAAAGUUAAACUUCUACAAGAGCAAACUGUCCUUGCAAAACGUAACUCUAAAUACCCCCUACAAAAGAUUGGAAUGUGAAAACAACAAUCGAACAAAAGAGUUUACUUUGACAAUUAAAGAAAUCAACAACUACCCAGUGGCUAAUCCUAUAGCGCUAAAAAAAGGAAUCAUCCAGAAUUUGACCUGCAACCGAUUAUCGGAAAAUUUUGCCAUUCAGUGGUUCAAGGAUGGCGAGCAAUACUUGGACACGGUUCACGAAAAUAAAACCGCGUCUGUUUUGCAAUUACAAGGGAAAACAAAUGAAUUGGGAAUCUACGAAUGCCGAUGGAAUAACAGCAGAGGAGAGGCAAGACACAGAAACUUCUUUGUCAGCCUCUCCUUCGUCGAAGAAACUAAUGAGAUUACCAUAAUUGUAACAGCAAAUUUUGUGGUAAUACUUGCUGUUGGAAUGGGACUCGGCAUCAAAUUUUAUCUCGGCAAGAAAAAAUUGGAAAAUGAACUUCAAAAAAUACUAAUUGGAAAUCCAUCAAGAAUCGAUCCGGAUGAGCCAGUGGAAUAUCAAGUAGAAUUCCUACCCUACGAUAAGAAAUGGGAAUUCCCAAGGAGAAGACUCAGACUCGGUCAAGAACUCGGAUCGGGGAGCUUUGGUCGAGUUGUCCAAGCCGAGGCCGUUGGUAUAAAAGACUCUGAUGAAACUGUCACAACAGUGGCCGUUAAAAUGAUCAAACCUUCGGCUAAAUCUCAAGACGCUUUGGACGCUCUUAUAAGGGAAUUAAAAAUUAUGAUUUAUUUGGGAGGGCACUUAAAUGUCGUAAAUUUAAUGGGGGCCUGCACUAAAACGGCAGUAAAAGAAAAAGUUCUGGUCAUAAUCGAUUUCUGCCGAUUUGGUGAUGUAAAAUCUUAUUUGAUCAAACGCCGGGCCAAAUUCGUCAACCAAUUGAACGCUCUCGGCAACAUGGUACGUGAGACCGAAACGGUGGAAAUCGACACACUCGCAAAUCCAAGUGAUUUGACAGAAAACCAUGUGGCUGUUGCAGUGGAAUCGGCUGAUCAUUUUUCAGAAUUUCAACUUGACGAUCCGGCGCAAGCUGAUAGUAGACUAGAAGAGUACAGUCGGAAAUACAGAAAAGAUGCGGAUCAUGUCACUAUGAAUCAAAUAAUAAAAACGAGCGACUUAAUUUCCUGGUCAUUACAAAUUGCUCGAGGGAUGGAAUUCUUGGCCAGCAAAAAGGUUCUGCACGGAGAUUUGGCCGCCCGCAAUGUUCUUUUGGCCGAUCACGGAGUCGUUAAAGUGGCCGAUUUCGGAUUGGCAAGGCAAAUGAAGGAUUAUGAUUACAAGAAAAAGGAAGAGGAGUUAUUGCCAAUUAAGUGGAUGGCCAUCGAAUCCCUGACGGAUAAAAUUUUUUCCAGCCAAUCGGAUGUCUGGUCUUACGGGAUAGUUUUGUGGGAAAUCUUUUCCCUCGGCCAAGUCCCAUAUCCCGGAAUGGGUAAUGGCUGUGAAUUUCAAGAAAGAAUUCAAAAUGGAUACCGAAUGGAAAAACCCGAAUAUUCACCCAAUUUCUUGGGGGAAAUUAUGAAAAUCUGUUGGAAAUCAGAGCCAAAAGAGAGGCCGACUUUCUUCCAACUUGAAGAGAUGAUCAAAAAUUACAUCGAGUCAAUUUUUAUCAUCGAUUAUUCGAAUUGAACCACAAAGGCCAUUCUGUUAACAGUUGCUGGUUCAAUGAUUUGAAAUUACUGUCUUCAGAAAGAAUAACGAAGACUUAAGUACAAGAAGAAUUGAAACGUUGAAAUCAAAAAUUGCUUAAAGAAAGGUGUACGAGUGUUUUGCCCAAUUUAGCUAUCGCUGUCUGAUAAGAAGGGAUUGGACUUUACAGUGCUCUCGUACCGUUAACUGCUUUACUCUACAUCGAAAAUCUUAACCCCCAAAACAAAUCAAAUCAACCGGAAUGACAGAAUAAUCGGUGGAUAGUAGCAGGACCAACAGAAAGGAAAGCAAUUCAACUUAAUUUCUUGCAAUUACUGGAAUUGCAACUGCAACACAAAAACUUGCUUUUCUCAAAUCACAUGAGCUCUGCAAACAGCAAUUUUUUACAA